CGACCGAAGUGAGUGAUAUAUUCGUAGCAUAACCAUGGCUUCCCUUGUCAUGCUCUCUGUUACUGUCCUGCUCGGCCUCCUCCUGCCUUUCUCGGUGGCCGACAGCGUACUCAACGGUGGCGGCACGCUGUACAGCGGCCAAUCCCUCAACCAAGGCGCCUACACCUUCGUCAUGCAGCCCGACUGCAACCUGGUGCUGUACGACAGCGGCCUGGCCGUGUGGUCCUCCGGCACCUACAACCAAGGCUACAACUGCGUCCUGCGCAUGCAGACCGACGGCAACCUCGUCAUCUACAGCAACGGCAACGACGCUAUUUGGGCGAGCAACACCAGCGGCCCGGAGGGCAACUUCAUCCUCGUCCUGCAGAGCGACCGUAACGUCGUCAUCUACAGCUGCCCUAUAUGGGCCACCGGCACCAACACUGCCAAUUCCAAAGGCGUCGUGAUCGUCAACAGGGGCCACAACGAUACUAGUAGCAUCACGGCGGCGGAUGAACCCAUGAACAGGAAGAUCGCCAUGGUGACUAAGAAUUAAUUAGUUACGUUGGCUAGCUGCACGACGAACCAUUCAUGCAGGAAUGGAUCGCUUUUAAAUAAAAAAAUGAAUAAAAUGAACGAUAGGCGAAGCGAGGCAUGAAUAAUUAAUUAAUUAGCUAUAUGUGUGGUAGCCUCGAUCGUUUUGUUCAGCUUAAUUAGCUUGUUUUCUGCCACCUGCGUGGAUGUUGAACUUGAGCAGUGUUAAUUUUAAGAA